AAAAAGAAAAUCUACAGACAUCUGGUAUCUUCUUGGCCGAAACGAAAAGGACCUCCGGGCCGGCCUGGACUUCCUGGAGAAGAGGGACCAGUUGGGCCACCUGGUAUUACUGGAAAACAAGGACCAAAAGGAGCUCCAGGGAAAACUGGGAGACCUGGACCACAAGGUAUGCCGGGUCCACAUGGUCAACCUGGAGAAGACGGCGCCCCAGGACGAGAUGCUGAAUCAGGCCCUACAGGCUUCCCUGGAGAACAGGGUCUUAAAGGUUACGGUGGAGAGAAGGGAAGCAAAGGGGAGCUGGGGUUAUCAGGGAGAAGCUGGAGCUCAGGGGCAAAGAGGAAGAAAAGGAGCAAAGGGAAAUAAGGGAGCCAAAGGGUUUGAAGGGAUUCCCGGCUAUAGUGGCAUACCUGGAGUCAGGGGACCUCGUGGUUUCCCAGGACCACCAGGACCUCUGGGAGAAAUCGGAGCUCCGGGCUUUAGCGGCCCUCCCGGUCCGCCUGGGAAAAUUGGCCCCAGAGGAUUGGUGGGACUCACUGGAGUUAAGGGACCUCCUGGUCAUCAAGGACAAAUGGGCUCCAGGGGAGCAGCUGGACCACAGGGAGAGCUUGGUCCAGAUGGAGCAGUGGGGUUUCCUGGUGUGCAGGGCCCUCAGGGAAACCCUGGAUUAAUUGGACCUACAGGAACUAAAGGUGAUCCUGGAGAUCAAGGAGAUGAGGGUGAAAUUGGUGAACCUGGACCUCCUGGACUGAAUGGGGACAUUGGAGAAUCAGGAAAGCCAGGACCCUCAGGUGAUCCUGGUACCAAAACCCAGAAAGGUGAGAAGGGAAGCGCAGGGUUCAAUGGAGACCUUGGGCCUCCAGGGCCUCCAGGAAAACAGGGAGUGAAAGGGCGUAAGGGCCCAACAGGGCUACAGGGACUGGAGGGAUCAAGAGGACUGAUGGGACUUCCUGGACCCGCUGGAACUGAUGGCAUUAUGGGAGAGCAAGGGAGGCAGGGAAAAGAAGGAUCCAAGGGAGAUCAAGGACAGAGUGGCAAUCAGGGAACUCCUGGCUCGAGAGGAGACAAGGGCCGAGGCGGUCGAGCUGGAUUUUCUGGACUGCCUGGAUCCAUUGGAGAGAUGGGCAAAUCAGGAGGGAGAGGACCUGAAGGAGAACCUGGUAUUAAGGGACAGGGUGGCGUUCCAGGAGUUUCAGGACCUAAAGGGACGAAGGGUUCUCAAGGUCAUUCAGGCAGUAGAGGGCAGGAUGGUGAAAUUGGAGCAAAGGGACCAGCUGGUGAAAACGGAACAAUUGGGGAAGCUGGACCUCAAGGACCAAAAGGAUCUCCUGGAAAAUUAGGCUCUCCUGGCAUUCAAGGGCCUGUAGGAAACAGUGGCGAACCCGGCAGCACAGGAUCGAAGGGGACAGCGGGAAGACCUGGAGACAGAGGGGUUAAAGGUAAACCAGGCCACAGGGGUCAAGCAGGAAAUGAGGGAUCAAAGGGCAAAAGAGGUGAGGAAGGACCAAGAGGAAAGCAAGGGCCCCCAGGACAAAUUGGCACUCCUGGACCAAAAGGAUACACAGGACCUCCUGGUAUCCAGGGUAACAUUGGGCGCUGGGGUGAGGCAGGGCCACGGGGUCCUUCAGGUGACAAAGGAUUGCAAGGUCCAGUUGGGCCAGAUGGAGUACCUGGUUAUCCUGAUAAAGAUGGGCCUCCAGGACUCGUAGGAUUGUCUGGUCUUAAAGGUGACAAGGGACUCAGAGGAGCUGUGGGUCAGGAGGGAGUUUCUGGUCUCGAUGGUGAGGAGGGUAAAAUUGGACUUAUGGGACCCAGAGGACCAGCUGGCCAAAAAGGCCUCUCUGGUGGCAGGGGAACAACUGGACCGACAGGGCCAAAUGGACUAAAGGGUGAUGAGGGCGAAAAAGGAAACCGAGGAACACAAGGACCAAAGGGGCCUCUGGGCAAGCAGGGACACAGGGGUCCUCCAGGAGACAGAGGACAACAAGGUCUUCCAGGUCCAAAGGGAGAGACAGGCACCCGAAGUUCAUCAGGAAUCCCUGGACAGUUUGGACCUGGAGGCCCAACUGGAGCAGCAGGGGCUAAAGGGCAGAAGGGGACCCAGGGACAGGCUGGCUCUCCUGGUAGGACCGGUACCACUGGGAAAAUUGGACUGUCGUUGUCUGUAUGUAACAUUGACUUUAUUUAUGAUGAUUGAUUUAUUGCCAAAAUAAGAUAAUGGCUUGUACUCCCAUUAAAAUAUAUGAUGCAUAGUUACUCUCAUAGUUUAGUUUUACUAGGACAUAAUGACAUUUGUAAUAAAACAUUUACAGAAAAAUAUUACUUGAGGCAUUACGUGCCUCAAGUAAAAACACAAACAGCUGAAGCCAGAUAUUUACAUACACUGUUUA